AUGUCUGCUAUUCAUAGACCUGCUCAGUAUAAACAGUCUUCUCGUAAAGGUAAGAAGGCCUGGAGAAAGAACAUUGAUGUUAGUGAUGUCGAAAAGGGUUUACAGGAUAAAAACGAAUUAGAGAUUACACACGGUACUCCAGACCUUUCCCAGUUGCAAGAUGAUAAACUUUUCCAAGUUGAUGAUCAAGGUGAUUUAGACUUGAAAAGUAAAUUGAUCAAGAGGAAACAGAUAAAGAAGAAUAUAAGGAGUAGAGAAAUUUUAGAUGCAGUAAAGACAAAUUCUAAAGUCGAUAUUGUCAAACAUCCAAAGACCUCGGAGCAACCAAAGGAUAAAAUUCAAAACGUUUCCAAGAAAGAAUUACAGAGAUUGUUAAAUUUGGCAGGUAAAACUGUCGGUGAAUCAAAAUGGAAAAAUAGAGUUGCCAAGGAAGGUUUAAUAAAAUCAGGAUCCUUUGACCUUUGGAAUCAAGAUUCCGGUAAAAAAAUGACUACCCGUGCCGGUAUACAAGUGGAAGUGGAUCCAAGCAAGGAAAUUCCCAAAGAACUAGUCGAAUUAUCCACAACAAGUUGGAGUUUACCAUCUACCAGACCUAGUACAUUAGAAAGAGCUCCUGAAAAAGUUCAAGAAUAUGAAGAAUUACCACACGCUGGUAAGUCUUACAACCCGAAUGAAAAGGAUUGGAAUCAAUUAAUUAUGGCAGAAUACACUUCUGAAAAGGCUAGAGAGGACAAUAGAAUUGCUCAAAGGGAAUAUAGUGCUAAAAUUGCACAUUUAAUUGAAGUGCUAGGAGAUAGUGAGGAGGAAGAUUCGGAUUCAUCUGAAGAAGAAGAGGAAAACGAACAAGAAGAAGAAGGUAGUAGUAACGAGGAUACCAGAUUAUCAAUGAACGAAGUGGUUAAAAACAAGAAAAAGACUAAAUACCAGAGAAAUAAAGCUAAGAAACAUGAGGAAAGAGUGAAAAUGCAAGAGGAGCUAAAACGACUCAAGUCUCAUCUUCGUGAACUGGAAAAAUUACAAGAUCUUGAAAAGGAAGUUGAAAAGAAGAAGCCUGCUAAAGUACAAAAGACAAAGAAAAAUAAGAAACACAAGUUGGGAACCAAAUAUUCCGCUAGAGAAGCUAACUUAGAAGUUAAAUUUUCAGAUGAGUUAUCAGAUUCCCUCAGAAAAUUGAGACCAGAGGGGAAUCUUCUAUAUGAUCAAAUGAGAAAAUUACAAAGUUCAGGUAAAGUGGAAACUCGUAUUCCUGUAAGUAGAUCAAAGGGAAAUAAACCUAAGGUUACAGAGAAAUGGACUUACAAAGAUUUUAAAUAA